AUGGCAACUCCACAGACACAGGGCACUAAACAGGCAGCGCCUGCUCCUGAUUCUUUAAGCCCACCAGAGGCGGCCAUCAAGCGGACUAAAAAGUUUGUACUCAACUCUCUUGCAGUCAAGAAGAUGGGAUACCACUUCGAGAUUCCCGCGAUCAUCGCCAAAACGCAGAUGAAGACCGGUCAGCCCUUCAAUGCAGGCAUGGCACUCGGCAUGACGCACUAUUACAUCGCCCCUCUGAUUUCAACACAUUUGGAGAAUGCCGUUGAGUUCCGGAACAGAGUUCCAGAAGCCUUAAUAUGGGCGACCGGGUUCGUGGAAGCGAUCGAUCGGUACAUCGCACAUCUACGUCUUAUGGAUGGUUGUUCUGAGGAGUUUCCGAAUGACAUGACCGUUGAUCGCAAGCGUCGACGGCUACGGCGCAAGUAUAUGGAGCGCUACACCUACCUCGUCGAAAAUGUUUACAAGGACCAUGUCCGCGAGCAGCUUUGCAAUGUCUUCCAAUCCUGGGAUCAGGGGCGAACGCAGCUCUUCAACAAAGGCGUCGAUAAAGCGCUCUCGGGAAUACAGUGGGUUGUCUAUCCGAAACAAAAUGUUGUCUUGAACGCGGGCGAGGAUGGAUGGGCGAUAUGGCUGCGGGGGAAGUGCGAAGAGCUGGGCAUGCUUGAAGCGAGGGCAGUCCAACGCCCGAGGCCUGAGUGUCUGUCAUUCCUACACAUCUGCCACCCCUCCCGGUCACAUCGCAUCGCAACAAUGGCAGGCCGGUUUGUGCGAGCUUCCAAGUAUCGCCACGUCUUUGGCAAGGGCACCAAGAAGGAGCAAUGCUACGACAACCUCCGCAUCUCCAAGAAUGCUUGGGAUACCAACCUGAUCAAGGCCAACCCCGAAUACAUCUCCGUCAACUGGGAAGCGAGCGGCGGUGGCGCCUUUGCUGUUAUCCCCAUCAAUGAGCGCGGCCGAGCUCCCGACCAGCUUCCUCUCUUCCGCGGCCACACUGCUGCCGUCCUCGACACCGACUGGUCUCCCUUCAACGACUCGCUCAUCUCUUCAGCCUCGGACGACGGCAAAGUCGGCAUCUGGAAGGUCCCCGAAAACUUCACCCUAUGGACCGACGCUGACGAGCCUGCUGACGUCGCUCCUGUCGCCAAGCUGAGCGGCCACAUGAGGAAGGUUGGCCACGUCCUCUUCAACACCGCCGCCGAGAACGUCCUCGCUAGUGCAUCUGGCGACUACACGGUAAAGCUCUGGGACGUCGAGGCCGGUCUGCCGCAACUCACUCUCAAGCACAACGACAUUGUCCAAUCGCUGUCAUGGAGCGCCGAUGGAUCCCUCCUCGUCACCACGAGCCGUGACAAGAAGCUGCGCGUAUGGGAUGUGCGACAGGAGAAGCCCGCCCAGGAAGUUCCUGGCCACCCCGGUGCCAAGAACAGCCGCGCCGUAUGGAUGGGUGAGACCGACCGCAUCGCGACUACUGGUUUCUCGCGCAUGAGCGACCGUCAGCUUGGUCUGUGGGACCCGCGCAACCCCAAGGAGCCCAUUGGCGGCUUCCAGAUCCUUGACUCCAUCUCUGGUGUAUGCAUGCCCUUCUGGGACGACGGUACACAGUGUCUGUACCUUGCUGGCAAGGGUGACGGUAACAUCCGAUACUACGAAUACGAAAACGACAAGUUCGAAUACCUCUCCGAAUACAAGUCUGGCGACCCACAACGUGGUAUCGCCUUCCUUCCCAAGCGAGGUAUCAACCUGCACGAGAACGAGGUCCUUCGCUGCUUCAAGACCGUCAACGAUGCCUACGUCGAGCCCGUGUCCUUUAUCGUACCCCGCCGCUCCGAGAUGUUCCAGAGCGACAUCUACCCUCCCACAACUGGUCUCAAGCCUGGUGUCUCAGCAGCUGAGUGGUUCGGUGGUAAGACCGCAGCGCCUCCCAAGAUCUCGCUGGAGAGCGUGUAUGAAGGUGAGGCCCCCAAGGAGGUGGAGAACGAUUACAAGCCCUCCGAGCCCGCGACCAGCCAGCCUUCCCCGGUCAAGGCCGAGCCUCCCAAGAGUAAGCCUGCGCCAGAGCCUGUUCCUACAACAUUAGCUUCUCGUGGGCCGCCCCCUUCUAUGAGGGACAACAAGGACUCCAUGGCAUCAGCAGCUUCCAAGUUUGCAGACAAGGACGAGACUUCCGACAAUGAGAGCGCAUCAAGCUUUGAGGAAAUCCCGAAGCCAACGGAGCGCCGCACCUUCACUGCUGCCCGUCAAGAAGAGAAGACAAAGGGCCCUGCCAUUACCAAGGAGCCCGAGAGCGCGAAGACUACCCCGACACCCACCCCAGCGCCUUCCCAGGCUAGGUCUGCCCCGCCCGCCGAGCCUACUCCUACGCCCGCCGCUUCUGCCCCAGCCUCCACACCUAGCGCCGGUGGUCCUGCCUCUGCCCUUCGCGAUGCGCUAGGCGACAUCAAGUCUCAGCUCGAGCAGCAAAACAGGGUCAUGGAACAGCAAAACAGAGUCAUGUCGGACCAGUCUGAUCAAAUCGCACUUCUGCUGCGUGAAGUUUCAACACUCAAGGCCAAGGCUGCAACGUCAGAACCUUCCGACCGCGAGAAGGAUGAGCGCAUCAGGCAGUUGGAGCUCGAGCUUGAGGAAGCUAGGUCUUGA